AGUAAACGGGGAAAUUAGUUGACAUCGAAUCGAACGCGAGGUUCUUUCGUACUCAAAACAUUCGUAUCGAAUACGCGUUGAUUGCCACUGCAAGCCAAUUUGACGGAGUUUCGGUCGAUUCUUAGGAAAAACGCAGAAAAGUUUAAGAAUCAAAAUAAACCUGGUAAGUAGUUUUCUGUUUAAUUAUUGAUGCCUGAUCGUUUUGAUUUCAGUAUUUCCACCGUCGAUUUGAAGUUAUCUCUUAUCAAAUCAACCUCGGUUGGUUUUCGAAAAUAUUUGAUGGUGUUUCACGUACUCUGCUCGGAAACCUUAAAUGGUUCAGCUGUGAUGCAUAGAAGCUUGUUCAGUUUUUCGUUUUGAUAUUAUUCUCUGUUAAUGCGUUAUUGAAUGUUAUUGUUGUGAAAGUGUAUGUUGGCAAACGAGAAAUUUGUUUACAUUAAUUGACGUUCAUCUUUCUCGUGAUUCCCGAAAAUGAUUUCCCCCAACCGAAACUUUUUUACUUAUACUACCUUAUUCCACGUGCAUACAACUGUAUCGUAGAAAGUUAUGCGACACACCUCGAAAUGAUUUUUUUUUUAAUUGUUUAUCAAUAUUAAUUGCCGUUCAGGCCUCAUUUACUCAAUCAAGAGUCAUUACCUCACCUCUCAAAGCUUGCCUGUGUCAAACCUCUCGAGACCUCUGUAGUAUAUUGAUACAAUGUUUAAGUGAUGCUGGUUUUAAAUCUUUGUGAAAAGAUUUUCUUACAAAUUUAUACCUUUAAGACAAGACAAAUCAUAUGUAUUAAAUAUACAUGGAAAGCAGUACUUGUUCACAAUAUGGUUGCCAUAGGUUUGUGUAAACAGUCUGUUAUUAUGUCUGUCUAUUUUUGAAAUAGUAUGGGGUGAGAUGGAAAUCUUAACUAAAUUUAGGCAUGUGCCAUACAACUUUUAUUUAACUUCAUGGUAUGCCACUUUUUUGUUUAAAGCAUUCAUUACUUUCAACCUCACUAUUAUAAACUUUGUUGUGGCUAGUUGACUUUUGGCCAAAUUUCAAACCCUGUUUUGGAGUACCUGCACAAAAAUUUUCCUUUUCACAUGUGCAUCAAAUAUUACAUUAGCAUGGUUUGCAUGACCUGAUAGCUUAAUUGCUAUUCUUUGUGUCUCUAAAUUGAUUAUAAUAUUUGCUAAUUAAUAGAAAACCCAGAUCAGCAACAAUUACUUGCCUCUUGCUGAAUUUCAUUCCCAUAGGAGAAAAACCCCGAACCAUUGCAGCCCAAUAAUUGAUGCAUUUUUUGACAUAUGUAAAACAUGAAUAAUUAAAAGUUAAAUUAGCACAGGAGAAGAAAAGUCCAUGUGAAUGAUUAAAAAUAAGAUGCAUUGGAGAUUUUUAGGACAACACAAAACAUUUCUAAUGUUCUAAAAAUAAUGGAACAUCUUGGAAAUUGUUUGGUUUCUUGAAGUGAUUGCUCUUGUAAAAAGAAAAUCUCAAAUUAUAACUCAAAAGAGGUCACUGUGGUAGAUUAAGUUCCCUCAUCCCUCUAAAAUAUCUCACCUGCUCAGUCAAUUUGACUUAAGAAGGCUAUCAUCCAACAGAACUUUACACUGCCUUUUCAGAAUAAAAGACUAUUUGUCCGUGCAAGAAACAAUUGAAUAAUAACUAGCAUAGUGGUAAUUCCAACCACAUACUAUUCUUGACUACAACCACUAUCUAACAUAUAACUCCAGCAAUAUCCAAAAGAGUGAAUUCUAAUUUCCAUUUUCCAAAGAUAUCAAAUGAUUUGCUUUCGCCCAAAUAAGCAUGGAUGGGACUAUACACUACAAUGAGCCAGCUGACUGAGAUGCAUGUACAAAUCACUGAUGGUCUGUCUGUUGGGGAUCAGGAGAGUGACUGUGAUGAUGAUGACAGGCGGGAAUUGAUCAGUCAUUAUGCCAAUGACAAGUACCUCAGUAAAUGGGAAGUGGCUGAAGAGGAAGAAGAGAUUGAAGAGGAAACAGAAAAGUUGGAUGAUAAAGAGCCAAGUAUAGAAAACUCAGAGUAAGUUUUCGUGUUUGUUAAUUGUGGCAUUUUUAAUCCUUUACACCAUAACAUCAGUGUUUUUAUUCUCCAUACUGUUGUUUCUACAUUUCUUAAGGGGCUGACAAGGAGAAUUUGUUUAACAAUGGAGAGGUUCUGUAGUUGCAGAUCAUUUCCUUUACUCUCGUAACCUUAAUGAGUGAUACAGGGGUGAUACUGUGAGGAGAAAAUAAUUUCUACUCUUUCUUAGGGAUUAGAGGGUUAACCCUUCAAGUCUUUUUAACUCCUUUAAUCUGUAAAUUGAAGUACAAAUUCUCCCCACUGUAGUCUUCAAUAUUUUGGUUUUCUUUUUGGGUAAUUGUUAUAAUUUGUAUUGUAGAUACGGGCUCAAAUUCUUUGUGAAUGAGUUGAAAAAUGACCCAUUCUAGAAACAACUGUAGGUAUAUAAAGGUACAAACAAAUGGUACAUUUUCAAUAAAGCUUGCUAGAGGGUAUAACUUUGUAAUUGUUAAGGGAGUCAUAAAGCAUGGCAUAGCUUAGAGUGAGAUGUGGACAGUUUUUAUUCUGGCUUAAAACAUAUCUUCCUUGACCUUUUGUACUCAGUUCCACUUGAUUGGCACAUGUGGUGACUGGUAGUCACCACUAUCUGUGUUCCACAGAUCAUCAAUUGUAGUUGAGUAAAAUGUCUUCUCUUCCCGUUUUUGCUAGGAAGAAAGAGGCAGCCGGAGACAAAACUGUCCAACGUUUAGUGACAGCCAGUGACUGUGAUGAUCUCUCUCUUGUGUCGUACAAUAGUGUUAGGGACUGUAACCCAUCAGCUGCUCCAAAGACAGCCCCCACGUCAGUGCAUCAUCACCUAGGACUGUUGUCUGAGUCCACUGGUGAUGGAUUGAAGGUAUGUCCUAACAGACCAACUUCAAGUAGAUUUAUGCCACAGGCUAUUUUGUAUAGAGUCAACUAAGAACAUCUAUUAAAAUCUGAGUGGUUUGACGGUUUUUACUGUUAUUGUUCUUAUUUUUGUUUAUCAUUAUUAUUAUUGAUGUUGAUAUUAUCAUUAUUAUUUAUAUUGAUUGUUAUUAUUUUUGUUUAUCAUUAUUAUUUAUAUUGAUUUUAUUAUUGUUAUUAUUAUUAUUAUUAUUGUUAUUAUUAUUAUUAUUAUUAUUAUUAUUAUUAUUGUUAUUAUCAUUAUUAUUUUGUAAAUAUUGACUUUAAGACUAUCACUCACAAGUGUUUGAAAGAUUAAAUUCUAAAUAGUUGCUGUUUAUUUUGAUAAUUUUACCUGUGAACUCCUAUUUUGCUUCAGCUAUGCAAGUUUUUCAGAGUUAAAAUACAUUUUUGUACACAAGGUACAACUUGUUUUCGUUCCAUACCCAUCGGUAAAUAUUCUGACUGAGUUGUGAAUAAAGCAUUAUUAUUAUGAUUACCAUUAUUAUCAUUAUUAUUAUUACUACUUUAGUAGUAUGGAACUUCUCUUCCAGGAUGUCUACCUCCACUAAUGGUCACAAUUUCUAGUGUUGAGGGUGUCCCAAGUGGUCUUACUGUUUUCAUUGUAAUACGCCAAAAGAUGUCGAAGCCUUGUUCAGAUCGUGUGUAUAAAGAUACAUUCGAGUUGUUAAUGUAGUUGUGGGUUUCUCUCCACAGCUUUGGCAAGGUUACGGAGGAAACAUUUAUUUUAAUGCCGUCCGUUGUCAAUCAAUGCGGAUCAACAGUGCCAAGUAUGGAAAACUGAAAAAAGACUUUACAAAAAGAUGGAAAUCUAAAUCUUGCACCCCAUUGAACAGAAAAGAUGGUUAUCAGACACAAUUAUUGAAUUCAGCCAAAUCAGAUAUGGACAUAGCGAUACCCUCCAGCAGCAAUUUAGGCAGUCUACGUAUGAGGUCUUGUAAGGAGAAGAAAUGCAAGACAGCCACGUGUAGACACAGCGAAAUUCCUAAACCUCUAACCGGGAAGAUAUGUAAGGGGUUCAGUGAAAAACUUUUAACUGAAACAUUUAAGCGGCUACAGGAAGAUAGUGGUUAUGGACUGAAAGGGGAAUCUUUAUCCGUAUCUGGGGGACAAGUUGGCGAUGCACUGGUCGAUCCUAUAGAUAAAGUGAGGCAAUUUAAUACUCAGUUGAAAGGUAGAGACAUUGCAGUGAGUUUGGAGAGAGGCUUCCCUACCUUACUCUCAGAUAGUUCAUUUUUCUCACACAGUGACCACAGAAGUUCAACUGUGGUCACUGCCAACGCAGACCCAUUUUUGAAGCUUCCUGUUCUUGGGAACACUGACGGGAAACACAGAAAUAGCAAAACCGAGAAUGGAAGCUCAAGUGAGAACAAUUCGAACGAGCCGAGGCCUGUGUUCAUUAUUCCAUUUGGUGCAUUUGAUGAUCCUGUAGACAGUGAACCUGAAUUAAAACGAAAAGCAGAUAGAAGAGAGAAGCCUUUGUCUAAGAGCCUUACAGAUCGAAAUAACAAUUCGCCAGGGUCUUCCAAAGAGGCGAAAAAUUCUCUGGAAAAACUGGACGAUUCUGUUAUAACAGAAUACCUCGUAGAUAAAGUUACAGACGGCAGUGCUUAUAAUCAAGAAAACGAUCAAAAUUCAGUCAAGUAUUCAGUAGCAUCCUCUGGUGUUGUCAAGGAUGAAAAGGCGUCAUGUAGCCCUCGAUCAGCCAAACAAACUGUACCCGACUUUCAUCUAAAGAGAGAAAUAAGCAACCUUUCUCUGAGUAAUUAUCUGAAGGCUGUACCCACACCAAGUUCACAGGAACAGGAUAGUCUGACAUCUCCCAGGUCAAAUCUGAUGCCAAAGAUUAGCUACACCAAACGAUCGCGAGCCUUGCCAACAUUUUACAUGGUGAACAAUUCCUUGCAUCAAGUAAAUCACACUGGAUUCAAUUCACCGCGGGCGAAUACCUCUCAGGUAUAUGGUGGAUAUUUUCCGACAACAGGCCGAAAUGAAUCGAAAGUGUUUUACGCAGAGAUCAGCACCAGUUCAGAGAAGAACUCAUCGCCAAGUGGUGAUGAUAAAAUGCAAGGAUUCUUGAGAAAAACGAGAAGCACAAGCCCCAAGAAAGUUCUUUCAAACUCUCACAUUCCGUUUUUGAAGACCAAUUACCUAUCCAGAAAGUCACUCUCACGAAAAAGUGUCGAACGAUCGCCAAGAGCUCAAAACUCACUAAAAUCUGACCAGAGUUUAUUGCAUGUACCUGUUACAGGACACCAAUUUUCGAGGUUGAGUGGAGUCAGUGAUAGAUAACUAUUUUGCCCUCUGGUGCGGUGAAAAUGAGACGGGGUCAAACGUUUGCGCAUGUGUGAGCGUUGAAACGGCUUAGAGUCUCCAAAAAUGGUCUUCCUACAUCGUGCUCACAGGCUGUCAAAAACCAGGUCUCACUAGAAUUUGAAAUAGCUUAAGUUUUUUCUCCAAAAAUUUUAUUUCCCUAUAAAGAUUUCUUAACAGUGAAUGGUUUGGAGACUUCUGGGAAAUUUUAGCUUUCUUGAAUUUUGUGGGGCACCGGUUGGUUUUAUGGAGGUCUUCGUAUAGAAUUUGCGCGGGAAAUUGGUGCGCUCCUGGCACUGAUUUUUUGCGCAUGCCCACCGUUUGACCGCUGCCUCGACAGUAGACCUAGACAGGCUGUAAUCAGGCAAUCAGUGGCAAUAUGCAGGUUUGGAAAGAGUUUUCAAGGCUGUGUUUACGCUUGCAAGUUUUCAUCGGCAAGUGCUGUUGUCGCACUCCUCUGGUUUUCAACAAAAACUGAGAUUUGCCAAGAGAAAAAGUUAGAAAUUUGUUAGUGACGUGAACGACAUGAAGAUGACGUGACAUGACUUGAAGAUAACGUGACGUGAUAAAGACGUGAAGUGAAGACGACACUGAAAAAUCUGCAGUAGUUUUAAGUGGAAUUCUAAUCUAACAAAUGUUCUUGAACCAGUGUCUUAUCGAGACCGUUGAAUAGACCAUGUAUUAGCGUGACUUUUUAGAUCUUUUAUAUCCAUUACUUCCUGUUAGAUCAGAAUUUAAAGACUAAAUAAUAUAAAUAAUAGCUCAAUAUGAUCGAUGAAACCCCAAAGGGGCUUAUGAAUUGGUAUAGUGUUAAUAUAUGUGUUCCCAUACUUUUGAUACGAGCAUAAACGGUGUACCAAGAAUUGUAAAAGAGUGGUACGAUGAUGAAUAUCGUGACUUACCUACCCAUUUAAUAUCUAGGGGCGCUUUAAUUAUACGAAAAAUGUGUUUGUUGUUAAUUGUGGUUGUAUUGCUGCGUGAAUGUUCAAAUAUCAUGAUCAACAACAUUUGGCAGUAUUUCGCCUUCUUUUCGGUUAGUCUCGAAAGACACCGAAGACCAACAGUGUAGCAGUCGAAGCAUCGCCAUUUCCAAUCGAUAUUGCCUGUAGGCUGCGAAACAAACGACCCAUUACCCAUCUAUUUUAUUAUUCUUCAACAUUCUUGUGAGCGUGUCUGCGCCUUUACCCUUACGGUAACUAAAUUUAAGUGCUUAAACAUUUACGAUGAAUGCCGUAAAAAAUUCGGGCACUUGUGAUUCGUUCCACGUCAUGAACAGUUUUUAAUAAUGCAGAACUUAAAUGUUUCCCUUGUAUUUUCAAUUUAGUGGCUGCUCUAAUAACAUUUUGAAAUAGAGAAAGAAAGAAAUGCGUAGCUGGCAUGCCCAUCAUCAUCCGCUUGGCGAGCUGCCAAUCUUUUCUUAAUAUCCUCUAUAUUCGCAUGUCUUAACAAAAUUCCCGGCCAUAGACUACACUUAGCACGUUGAAAAGUAGACUUUAUUGAAAUAGGCUUACUUAAAUAUCCGUUUGGACAUAGCAAUACUUAUUGCGAGGUUGCAAAGGAGCAUAACUAAUUCAUGCAUAACAUCUGCUUUUCUUUUAUCACAAUUUAGAGACGCAUACAAUAAUUGAAGACAAGCGCGUGUGUUCUGUCAAAGUUCGUAAUAAGACUAUCGCACUUAGUAGUAAAACUUGCUAUCGCAUUUUUCAGUACCUUGCAGCAACACUUAUCACACUAUGUAGAGUGCAACAUGUGUUGUCACAAAAUGCCAUAGCGUACUUUAACAAAAUGUGCGAUGAUCUGUCAUAGCAAAAGAGAGACAGCUUUCUUAUUACAAAGUGAGACAGUCAGGUAUUUCAUAGUGCGACGAUCAUUCCAAAAUGCGAGAGAACACACGUUUUCCUAAAUACAUCCCUGUUCUCAAAGUAAAACGGACCGAUAUUUUGGAGACUUUACUAACAAAACAUAUAUUCAUCUCAGUUUCUAAGAUCCAAAUUCAUGCAAAUUUGUGACGUAAAAUUGUGUUUAUAUUUCUUUUUAAAAAAACUUCUUGUAGUGGAUAAAAAGUUAAAGAAAAGCGUGGACUGUUAGAUUCAUCCUUGCUUCGAAAUAUACCUGACCGUUUUUACUUAUCGUAUGUGUUGCGCAAGCAGUUUGAAAGAAGCCAAUGUCUUUCAACUUUCUAGCAUAAACAUCUGGCUUUCUCUUGAACAAAUUUAAUAUAACUUAAAGAUGACAGACAACCUGCUGCUUUCUUAAUUUCCAACUUGUUCGCAAAAUAAAAUUAAUUUAUCUAUUUGAACGUCUACCGAUGAAGACGAAAAAUCCAUUUUCGUCCCAUUAGCGUAUAUAUAUGUUCUAACCUAACACCAUGCGGGGGUAAAAGAGGAGCAACGUCUUAUUGACAAAGGCAAGCUUAAUCUUUUAUUGUCACUGCGCAGUAAGAACAUGAAGAAGUGUUUACAAAAAAAAAAAAAUACAGCGGAAUUCUUUGUCCAUUAACAGGUGAAUAUAUAAUUCGUAAAGAAAACUACCCGCCUCAAUCACAAGAGAACCCGGAAAAUUAAAGCUAGCUAUUACAUGAAGGCCUUAAAUUAACCUGAGACAGUAAACUUCUAUUCAUUUGCAACCAGAAAGUGUUUGUACAUAACCAGCCGAUCCACAGCAGCAAUAUCAAUGGCAAACAUCAGCUCAGCUGGAGACGUAGCACAUCCACCGCUUGUAGGCAUAGUGGUAUUUUUGGCUGCCCUAAACGUCUUUCUCUCCAUCAGUUCAACUCUGGCCAAUACUCUUAUCCUAGUUGCCCUUCAUAAAGUGUCGUCUAUUUAUCCACCAACGAAACUCUUCUUUCGAUCUCUGGCGAUCAUUGAUCUUUGUGUUGGCCUAACUUCACAACCGCUCUUUUGUGUAACCCUUACGGGUAGAAUAACAAAUGUACGAAAUAAUCUACUCUACUACAGCGAUCGAUUAAAUACUACUACAAGUUAUGUUCUGUUGAUGGUCUCUGUCUUGACAUCAACUGCAAUAAGUGUGGACAGACUUCUCGCGCUGUUGUUGAGGCUGAGGUACAGACAGACUGUGACAUUGAAGCGCGUCCGAAAGAUUGUAAUUGGCAUUUGGUUUAUUUCUUGUGUAUUAGGCGUAUGGCGACACAGCUCAUGGGCCGAAGAAGUUUCACGGGUCACAUUCAUUGUUUUUCUUGUACUGUGUUUGAUAAUCUCUUUUCUCUCGUACAUCAAGAUUUAUCUUCUCCUGCGCCAUUAUCAAGAGCAGGUGCAAAACCACUUUCAACAACCAAACAGACCGACAAUUCCAUUAAAUAUGGCAAGAUAUAAAAGGACGGUUUAUGGCAUAGCUUGGGUACAGUUGUGCUUCUGUGUUGUGCUUAUGUUAUUUUCAUAUGGCAAAAUACCUGAAAGUGCAUCAGGGAUGGCAUUUCUUCGCUUCACAAUUACAAUUGUUUACCUAAACUCAUCUCUGAACCCGAUCCUUUACUGCUGGAGGAUUGUAGAGGUGAAGGAAGCUGCAAAAGAUACGAUCAGAUCAUUAAACUGUUUUAAGUCCAACUAGCUAGGUGUUCUCUUUUUAGUAUUGACCUGUAAUUGGAAAACGGAGAAACUGUGCUAAAUAAUGACCUUGGACGAAUCGGAAACGAAAGCCGGAAUGUGCUCAACAGUUCGAGUCAUAAAUUUAAAGGUGUGAUUCUCCAACUGUAAAUGUUACGCGGUCCCCAAUUUGGAUAAACGGUGCCCACCGGCCGACUUGACAGUAUCUCUUCUCAGUGCUUCUUCUCAUCCAUUUCAUCGUUUCAUGAAGUGAUUCACUAGCGCUUUUCCCGCGAACCAGAUGGUCAUAGAAUUGCUUCAUGAAUUGCAAUAUUGCUUUGGCGUCGACGGACCACACAGAAGUCCACACAGAUCGUGCGCCAUAUCCCAAAAAGGUUCGAGUGAUUCCGAAAACUCGUUUGGCUUUAAUUUUCCCAAAGUACCACCAGCUUAUCACCCAGCUCGGGUGAUACUGUAAGGAGAAAAUAAUUUCUGCUCUUUCUUAGGGAUUAGAGGGUUAACCCUUCAAGUCUUUUUAACUCCUUCAAUCUGUAAAUUGAAGUACAAAUUCUCCCCACUGUAGUCUUCAAUAUUUUGGUUUUCUUUUUGGGUAAUUGUUAUAAUUUGUAUUAUAGAUACUGGCUCAAAUUCUUUGUGAAUGAGUUGCAAAAUGACCCAUUCUAGAAACAACUGUAGGUAUAUAAAGGUACAAACAAAUGGUACAUUUUCAAUAAAGCUUGGUAGAGGGUAUAAUUUUGUAAUUGUUAAGGGAGUUAUAAAGCUUGACAUAGCUUAGAUCUAAAUCAAGAUCGUCAGAGUGAGAUGUGGACAGUUUUUAUUCUGACUUAAAACAUAUCUUCCUUGACCUUUUGUACUCAGUUCCAAUUGAUUGGCACAUGUGGUGACUGGUAGUCACCACUAUCCAUGUUCCACAGAUCAUUAAUUGUAGUUGAGUAAAAUGUCUUCUCCUCUCUUUUUUGCUAGGAAGAAAGAGGCAGCUGGAGACAAAACUGUCCAACGUUUAGUGACAGCCAGUGACUGUGAUGAUCUCUCUCUUGUGUCGUACAAUAGUGUUAGGGACUGUAACCCAUCGGCUGCUCCAAAGACAGCCCCCACGUCAGUGCAUCAUCACCUAAGACUGCUGUCUAAGUCCACUAGUGAUGGAUUGAAGGUAUGUCCUAACAGACCAACUUCAAGUAGAUUUAUGCCGCAGGCUAUUUUGUAUAGAGCCAACUAUUAAAAUCUGAGUGGUUGGACGGUUUUUUCUGUUAUUGUUAUUAUUUUUGUUUAUCAUUAUUAUUAUUGAUAUUGAUAUUAUCAUUAUUAUUUAUAUUGAUUGUUAUUAUUUUUGUUUAUCAUUAUUAUUUAUAUUGAUUUUAUUAUUAUUGUUAUUAUUAUUAUUAUUAUUAUUCUUGUUAUUAUUAUUAUUUUGUAAAUAUUGACUUUUAGACUAUUUAUCACUCACAAGUGUUUGAAAGAUUAAAUUCUAAAUAGUUGCUGUUUAUUUUGAUAAUUUUUCUAGUGAACUCCUAUUUUGCUUCAGCUAUGCAAGUUCUUCAGAGUUAAUAUACAUUUUUGUACACAAGGUACAACUUGUUUUCGUUCCAUAUCCAUCGGUAAAUAUUCUGACUGAGUUGUGAAUAAAGCAUUAUUAUUAUGAUUACCAUUAUUAUCAUUAUUAUUAUUACUACUUUAGCAGUAUAGAACUUCUCUUCCAGGAUGUCUACCUCCACUAAUGGUCACAAUUUCUAGUGUUGAGGGUGUCCCAAGUGGUCUUACUGUUUUCAUUGUAAUACGCCAAAAGAUGUCGAAGCCUUGUUCAGAUCGUGUGUAUAGAGAUACAUUCGAGUUGUUAAUGUAGUUGUGGGUUUCUCUCCACAGCUUUGGCAAGGUUACGGAGGAAACAUUUAUUUUAAUGCCGUCCGUUGUCAAUCAAUGCGGAUCAACAGUGCCAAGUAUGGAAAACUGAAAAAAGACUUUACAAAAAGAUGGAAAUCUAAAUCUUGCACCCCAUUGAACAGAAAAGAUGGUUAUCAGACACAAUUAUUGAGUUCAGCCAAAUCAGAUAUGGACAUAGCGAUACCCUCCAGCAGCAAUUUAGGCAGUCUACGUAUGAGGUCUUGUAAGGAGAAGAAAUGCAAGACAGCCACGUGUAGACACAGCGAAAUUCCUAAACCUCUAACCGGGAAGAUAUGUAAGGGGUUCAGUGAAAAACUUUUAACUGAAACGUUUAAGCGGCUACAGGAAGAUAGUGGUUAUGGACUGAAAGGGGAAUCUUUAUCCGUAUCUGGGGGACAAGUUGGCGAUGCACUGAUCGAUCCUAUAGAUAAAAGGAGGCAAUUUAAUACUCAGUUGAAAGGUAGAGACAUUGCAGUGAGUUUGGAGAGAGGCUUCCCUACCUUACUCUCAGAUAGUUCAUUUUUCUCACACGGUGACCACAGAAGUUCAACUGUGGUCACUGCCAACGCAGACCCAUUUGUGAAGCUUCCUGUUCUUGGGAACACUGACGGGAAACACAGAAAUAGCAAAACCGAGAAUGGAAGCUCAAGUGAGAAUAAUUGGAACGAGCCGAGGCCUGUGUUCAUUAUUCCAUUUGGUGCAUUUGAUGAUCCUGUAGACAGUGAACCUGAAUUAAAACGAAAAGCAGAUAGAAGAGAGAAGCCUUUGUCUAAGAGCCUUACAGAUCGAAAUAACAAUUCGCCAGGGUCUUUAAAAGAGGCGAAAAAUUCUCUGGAAAAACUGGACAAUUCUGUUAUAACAGAAUGCCCCGUAGAUAAAGUUGCAGACGGCAGUGCUUAUAGUCAAGAAAACGAUCAAAAUUCAGUCAAGUAUUCAGUAACAUCCUCUGGUGUUGUCAAGGAUGAAAAGGCGUCAUGUAGCCCUCGAUUAGCCAAACAAACUGUACCCGACUUUCAUCUAAAGAGAGAAAUAAGCAACCUUUCUCUGAGUAAUUAUCUGAAGGCUGUACCCACACGAAGUUCACAGGAACGGGAUAGUCUGACAUCUCCCAGGUCAAAUCUGAUGCCAAAGAUUAGCUACACCAAACGAUCGCGAGCCUUGCCAACAUUUUACAUGGUGAACAAUUCCUUGCAUCAAGUAAAUCACACUGGAUUCAAUUCAUCGCGGGCGAAUACCUCCCAGGUAUAUGGUGGAUAUUUUCCGACAACAGGCCGAAAUGAAUCGAAAGUGUUUUACGCAGAGAUCAGCACCAGUUCAGAGAAGAACUCCUCGCCAAGUGGUGAUGAUAAAAUGCAAGGAUUCUUGAGAAAAACGAGAAGCACAAGCCCCAAGAAAGUUCUUUCAAACUCUCACAUUCCGUUUUUGAAGACCAGUUACCUAUCCAGAAAGUCACUCUCACGAAAAAGUGUCGAACGAUCGCCAAGAGCUCAAAACUCACUAAAAUCUGACCAGAGUUUAUUGCACGUACCUGUUACAGGACACCAAUUUUCGAGGUUGAGUGGAGUCAGUGAUAGAUAA